GGGGGAUUAGACAUAUUUGGGGUAAUGGUCAACUCCCUCUCGGCGCGUCUCUCUGCUUCAACAUCCGUUUACACCAUCCCAGAGAGCCCUUGCAAGGAGCGCCAUGUUGAUCUAUCAGGAUAUUUUGACUAAUGAUGAACUUCUCUCUGAUUCAUUUCCUUACAAGGAAAUUGAGAAAGGACUGCUAUGGGAAGUUGAGGGAAAGUGGGUUGUUCAAGGAGCUGUUGAGGUAGAUAUUGGAGCGAAUCCAUCUGCAGAAGGUGGCGAAGAGGAUGAGGGUGUGAAUGACACUGCCACUAAGGUUGUUGACAUCGUUGAUACAUUUAGACUCCAGGAACAAGCCACCUAUGAUAAGAAGAACUUUGUUGUAUAUAUGAAGAAAUACAUUAAAGCAAUAUCGGGUAAGUUGACUGGAACUGAACUAGAGGAGUUCAAAAAGAAAAUUGAGCCAGCAACCAAGUACCUGCUUGGAAAGCUUAAGGAUUUGCAAUUUUUUUCCGGCGAGAG